AGAGGGUCUCCUCUCCUUGUGAACAUAUGAGAACCCUAGCUAAGCCGAGCCGGCCCCGGCCUCGGCUAGUAUUCGUUUUGGCCUUUUGCCUCAUUGCUGCCACCGUCUCGGCCAAUGACCCUUAUGCCACUGCCUCCCCGCCACCACCACCUUACGCCUCCCCUCCCCCACCUUCCUCACUUUCACCUCCGUUGCCAUACAUUUACCUCUCCCCGCCACCGCCUCCACCUCAAUAUGAUAAAAAGUUUCCCCCACCAUCCCCACCCCCGCCACCAACACCAUAUAUUGACACAUCCCCUCCACCACCACCGCCUCAGAAGCACUGCCACGAAUCUCCACCUCCACCGCCCCCUCAUAAGCACCACCCCAAGUCCCCACCACCAUCUUCAUCACCACCACCACCACAUAAGCACCAUCAUUGGUCGCCUCCGCCGCCACCAUCGCCUCCUACGAUGAUAUAUCCACCUCCACCACCACCACCUCAUAAGCAUCGCCAAAAGUCUCCACCACCACCUCCCCCACCACGUAAGCACCCCCAAAAGUCACCACCUCCGCCUCCUCCACCACGUAAGCACCACCAAAGAUCACCACCCCCACCACCUCAUAAGCAUCGUCAUAAAUCACCACCGCCACCGCCUCCACCUAUACCACCCCCUCCACCUCCAUCACCUCCAAUUCCCUAUGUCUACACAUCACCCCCUCCUCCUCCACCAUCACCGCCUCCUCCUUAUCCUUACAAGUCGCCUCCUCCUCCACCAACUCCAUCACCAAGAGAACCAUUCCAGUUUAGUCCACCCCCACCACCUCAUAAGCAUCGUCAUAAAUCACCACCGCCACCGCCUCCACCUACACCACUACCUCCUCCACCACCCCCUCCACCUCCAUCGCCUCCAAUUCCCUAUGUCUACACAUCACCCCCUCCUCCUCCACCAUCACCGCCUCCUCCUUAUCCUUACAAGUCGCCUCCUCCUCCACCAACUCCAUCAUCAGGAGAACCAAUCCAGUUCAGUCCACCCCCACCACCUCAUAAGCAUCGUCAUAAAUCACCACCGCCACCGCCUCCACCUACACUACCGCCUCCUCCACCACCCCCUCCACCUCCAUCGCCUCCAAUUCCCUAUGUCUACACAUCACCCCCUCCUCCUCCACCAUCACCCCCUCCUCCUUAUCCUUACAAGUCGCCUCCUCCUCCACCAACUCCAUCACCAGGAGAACCAUUCCAGUUCAGUCCACCACCACCACCUUUGCCAUCUCCACCUCCGUCUUCACCGCCACCUCCUCCAACGCCUUCACCUCCACCUCCUCCAUCUCCGUCACCUCCUUCACCCCCACCUCCUCCAACACCUUCACCGCCACCUCCUCCAUCUCCAUCACCUCCUCCGCCUUCGUCACCUCCACCACCUCCACCUUCUCCGUCACCACCUCCUCCUAUUUAUGUAUAUCCAUCGCCAACUCCACCAUCUCAAUCGCCACCGCCACCGCCACCAUCUCCAUCACCACCACCACCCCCGUCACCUCCUGUUUACUUCUACCCGUCACCACGACCACCAUCUUCAUCACCACCACCACCUCCUAUUUACUUCUAACCAUAGCCACCUCCAUCAUCCGCAUCAUUACCUAUAUACAACACCACGCCCAGCAGCCGCCGCCGUUGAAAAAUCCUCACCCUAUGGGUAGCACCCUAGCAGCAGCAGCAGUUGUUGUAACAAAUAAAUUCCUUUCAAACAGAAUAAAUAAACUUUUCUCUUUUAUUGAA